GAUGCGGGAUGUGUAGCUAGCCUUCCAAACCUCCUUGCGUGCGCGUGUUCCUAUUUUCCGGGGGAAAGCGAGAGGGUAACUGCCAGUCGCGCCAGGUACUGCAACGCAGGGGCUGCACAGGGACAAAGCAGCCACCCUCCGGCCUUGGGCACCACACCAUAAGGGAGGGAGGGGGGAGGUAGUACUAGUUCGAAAAGCGUGUCCUGUUGUAGCCUUCUGUAUGGCAGUGGAGGGGGGAGGGGGAAGGGGGGUCACUUUAAGGCACGUGCGGCCGACUCCCGAAGAAAUCACAGGAGACUGCGAAACAUUUUGGGUUGGAAACAGACACACCGAUUGGACCCACACCUCACUCGCACGCACUCUUUGUCUCAACGAGAAACGUCCAAGAACGAAAUCAUGCCGGCGAAAAAUGAUUCAUCAACUUCGUCAUCGACCACCAGCGGGCCUAUCGAAAAGCAGACGCUGCAGGCUGGAGUGGAGCGGUUCUUUUCGAUCACCGAGGCCUUUGUGUCCUCCUCGAUUGUGGCCGAGAUCAUGGCGGUCUCUGAGGGCGGCGAGAAUGGGGAGUUUCUGCGCGUCGCUGGCUUUGUCUUUUUUGUCAUCGCCUGGUCCCUCCAGACUCUGACCCUGCUGCACAAUCUGGCGCGGACGCACAACCUCCGGUCCGCCAUGCGGUUCCUCAGCGCCAAGUCAUCGUCGCCGGCAGGCUAUACGGUGUUCAAGCAGAACGGCAUGGGAUCGGUUGAGCGUGUCGUCACCAUCACUGACGAAUGGGGCAAGAUGCUGGAGAAGGAGGCGGACGACGAUUAUUUCUUUGGCGUUAAGUUUGACGUCAAGUCAAUUCUGGGCAUCAUCGUUCAUGUCGCUCUCCUUAUUGUUGGCAUUCUCUGCUUCCGUGGUGAGCUGGUUGUCGAGAAAAUCACCGACGCCUUUGUGCUCAUCAUUCUGCCCAUCUUUGGCGAGCUGCUCACCGCGUCGGACCUGUGGCACAAGGAGGAGAAGGCUAAGGCCGUCGGCGGCUUGCUUGGCUCUGACGUUGUCGAGAACCUCUUUGCUGAGCGCAAGUUCCAAGGCCUUGAGGCGUUCGUACGCGCUGCCAAGAACGUGUGUAACGAUCUGGGGGAUGAGGCUAACACCGAGGAUGUCCUUGCCUCAUACGAUAUUCAUCUGAGCCCGCCGACGUUGGACCCGGACUUGGAGUCGUCGUCAUACACCUCCGACUAUACCGAGUAUUUGGAAAGCAGCUCUUCGUCCUAGUAGCCGCGAUCUGAUGUGCUCGAACGCCUUGUCAUUUUCAUCGUCGAUAAAGCUUUCAUGCUGCG